GACCCAGGACUUUAACCAGGAUCUGAACCCUGCUGUAGUCCAGCUCUGCAUGUGAUUGAGAUGGUGCUGGAGGUCAAAGGUCGUGUGGAGGCGGUGGAGGGGAACCAGCAGAAGUUGGAGGUGAAGCUGCUGCUGCUGGGAGCAAACAGCGUUGGAAAGUCCGGUACGAAAAAACAAAAAAACACCAGGAGGUUUUAAAAACUCCACUGUCUAACCCUUUAUUUUCUCAAGACUGAACUUCUGUCUCUCUCUCCUCUCUGGUCUAAAUCAGAAAUCACUCUCCCUCCUCCAACUAGUUCAGAACGCAGCAGCUCGGCUUUUCACUGGUUUUAUUCGACGGCGUCACAUCACUCCAGUUUAAGCCUCCCUUCACUGACUUCCUGUCAGUUUUAGAAUUGAUUUCAAGAUAUUAUUGAUUACUUUUAAAGCUCUCAAAGGACUUGCACCAAGCUACAUUUCAGAGCUUUUAAUACCUUAUGAGCCAACUCGCAGCCUCAGAUCCUCUGGUGAAGGCCUCCUGGUCGUUGCAAAGUCAAGGCUCAAUACUAAAGGUGAUAGAUCUUUCUCCAUCAGAGCUCUUGACUUUGGAACGACCUGCCAGAGGAGAUAAGGCGUACAGCAGAGACAGUCACUUCUUUUAAGUCAAAUUUAAAAACUCACUUUUACAGACUUGAUUUUAUGUGAUGACAUCUUUUAUCUUUUAUCUGUCAUCUCUUUUACCUCUUAUUAUCUUAUUAUCUUAUUUCAGUUUUUCUGACUUUUUAGCUUUUGUCAAACUUGUGUUCUUUUCUUAAUGAACCUUUUAGGCCUUUUAUUGUUUUAUCUCUUGCUCAUUUCUGUUGCUCUAUUUUAUCUUUACUAUUGUUAACAGUAUUACCUGUUAUUAUUUUAUUAUUAUUGCUGAUAUUGCCUUUUAUAUUUACUAUCUGUUUCCGCUUUCGUCCUCCCUUUCAAUUGCAUUUUCCUUUUUUCUUAACUAUUUUAUGUUUUUAUUUUGGUCCUCAUGGUCUCGUUUUAUUUUGCAUGGUUUUUGUAUUGUCUGGGUUCCUUAUGACAUGAAAAUGGCCUUCAAUUCUGUUUCAACUAAUAUUUCUGCUUUUAUUUGUCUUUUUCCAUGUGCUCUACGACUACAUGUCAAAGCACUUUGUAAACUUCUGUUUAUAAAAGUGAUAUACAAAUAAAGUUAUUAUUAUUAUUAUUAUUAUUAUAACCCGACACUGCAGAGUCCAGUUUCUGAGAUUUUUAGUUCGUUGUUCACGUUUGUCAUGAGGAAGUUUUUAAAUCAUGUUAAAAUGAUAAAGAAGACAAAACUUUUUCAGAAAACAGCAGCUGAUAAUUCUGGAAUAAAAAAACCCCAGAUACUUUAAAAGUUGAUUCAAGUUGAUUGAAGUUUUUUACCCACUGAUCAGGAAACCCUGAUGAGGUGGACGAUUCACCCAAAUUUAAAGACGUGGACUAAACCGUGGACACGUUUGUGUUUUCUGUCUGCAGCGCUCACUGUCAGGUUCCUGACUCGCAGGUUCAUCAGCGAGUACGGUGACAUCGGUGAGGACACAUUCACGCCAAGAUGGUUGGUUUGACGAUGAUUCCUCCUUAUUUUAUCAUAAAUUAACUUUCUGAACUCUGAUGGUGUUUCAGAGUCGGUGAACAGUCGAGUGGAGCGGAUCCACGGACAGGAGGUCUGCUUCAACGUCUGGGACUCUCUCUACACACAGGUAAGACACACACCUGUCAGGGUCAGAGGUCAGGGGCAGACCUGGAUCAGCUGUUUAACUUCUCUUCCCUCAGAGUGAUGUCACAGCUGGUUCUGUUCACUGAUUGGUUGAUUGCAGAAAAAUUUGUUUUGUGUUCUGGUGAAAAAAAAACAACAAAGCAACAUUGACACGGUCCAAAACCCGAUAAAACCGACCCCGAAGUUCUGUAGAGUGAUGCUAACCAAAAUACAACGGUGUCUGUCUGAACAGCUGCUGUGAUUGGACGAUUGAUUGAUGGCUGCUAAGACUUGAAAAUUGACUAAAGACUGCUGUGAUUGGAUGAUUGCCGAAGGCUGCUGUGAUUGGAUGAUUGACUGAAGGCUGCUGUGAUUGGACGAUUGAAGGCUGCUAUCAUUGGAUGAUUGACUGAAGGCUGCUGUGAUUGGAUGAUUGGCAGAAGGCUGCUGUGAUUGGACGAUUGACUGAAGGCUGCUGUGAUUAAAUGAUUGACUGAAGGUUGCUGUGAUUGGACAAUUGAAGGCUGCUGUGAUUGAUUGAUUGAUUGAUUGAUUAAUUGAUUGAUUGAUUGAUUGGCUGAAGAGUGCUUUGAUUGGAUGAUUGACUGAUGGCUGCUGUGACUGGAUGAUUGCCUGAAGGCUGCUUUGAUUGGAUGAUUGCCUGAAAGCUGCUGUGAUUGAACGAUUAACUAAAGGCUGCUGUGAUUGGAUGUUUGAUAACCUGUCAGACUCUCUGAUUGGACAUCUCCUUGUCCCUCUCUCAGGACUGCGAGAAGAUUCCGUCAGUCAGUGACAAACAGCUACAGUGGGCCGACGGGAUAAUUCUGGUCUACAGCAUCUGUGACCAUCAAAGCUUCGACGUGGUUCGCCAGCAGCUACAGCACAUCCGCCGCUGCCGCAAAUCAAUACCUGUGGUCAUUGUAGCGAACAAACGGGACCUCUGGCGCCACCGCAGCGUCUCUGACGAGGAGGGCUGUCUGCUCGCUCAGUCACAGAGCUGCAGCUUCUUUGAGGUGUCUGCAGCGGAGACGUUCCACGGCGUCCUGCUGGUGUUUCACCACCUCUUCGACCUCAUCAGAGAGAGCCGAGUGCUGAGGAAGAGCUCGGCUGGCAUGCAAGGGAUUGUCCGCAGCAUGUCGGCUGUUUUUUGGAAGAAGCGCGCUGAGUAAGGCGGGUUUCACUGAUGACAUGAGAGGAGGUCAUAGGUGAGAGAUGUGAUGGACAGACGCAGGUAAACAGGAAGUAAUGAAAGUUGGGAAAAUGUGUUUUCAGUGGAGGCUGAGGCUGAUUGGACAGAAGAGGAAUAUGUGGGCGGAGCUUAUCUGACAGGUCAUAACUUGUUCGAUGGACUGAGAUGAAAUGAUGUUCAGAUGUUCCUGCUCCCCCCAGGAUGGACCUCAAACUCUGGAGGUCAACAUGUGAACGUUCAUUUAAAUGAAACAGAGGGAAGAGUUCUCAACCCACCAGAGACUACAGGUUGACCAGCAGGUGGACCAGAUGGACCAGCAGGUGGACUAGGUAGACCAGCAGGUUGACCAGCAGGUGGACCAGCAGGAAGCCCCCACAGCAGUCGUACCAGUAUAUGAAGACUGUCUGAAAACUACCCGGACUCUGGGACUACAGCGGUCUUGACAGGUAUCUGUGAAAGAGACGUGAUAAUGGAAGAAGUGAGUGGGAAGAGCUUGUAAUAUUUACCUUUAUAGGGCAGAGUUUAUCAUUUACAAUAUAUUUGUGUUUGCAGACAGAAACCGUAGAGUCCCAGUCUGGUUUUGACUGUCGUGGUUCUUCACGACAUGCAGGACAAAGAGGUUCCAGGUCCCUUUAUUUCUGCUGAAUCACUUUUUCAUGAGCUGUGAUAUUUUAAACACGGUGAUGGUAUAAAUCCAUGAAGACAAAUGUGUGUAAUAAAAAUCUGAGAAUGAAGA